AUGCCUCAACCCCAACCACCCCCAGAUCUCCACAUCCCCCCAUCCAACAACACAGUAACAGUCUCGAUCAUCGACACAACCUCCUUCGUAGGCAUCUCAGCGUCCAGAUUCAUGGAACCGCACAUCCCCGGGCACGACAAGCUCAACGCAGCAUGCUACGCUUUCCUCAUCAAGCACAACAAUCCAGCGAGCAAGUCAAAGUACGACACCAUGCUCUUCGACUUAGGCGUACGAAAAGAUCUCGAGAAUGCUCCGAAAGUUCUUCGGGAUAGGAUGGACGACGAUGUCACUAUCAAGGUUGAUAAGAAUGUCACUGAUAUAUUUAAAGACCAUGGCGAGGACCCGCACGAAGUUGGAGCAGUGAUCUGGUCUCAUUGGCAUUUCGACCACACCGGAGAUCCCUCAACAUUCCCAGCAUCCACAGACCUCAUAGUUGGACCAGGCUUCAAGAAGACCUUCGUUCCAGCCUACCCUACCGUCGACGACUCGCCCGUAGACGAGCGGGCAUGGGAAGGCCGAACCCUCCGUGAGAUCGACUUCGACGCUGAAGGCGGCGGUCUGAAGCUCGGGCAGUACAAAGCGUUCGACUUCUACGGUGAUGGCAGCUUCUAUUUUCUCGACACGCCGGGACACGCUGUGGGCCAUAUGUGUGGGCUUGCGAGGACGUCUGCAGACCCGCCAGAGUUCAUCUUCAUGGGCGGCGACAUCGCCCACCAUGGAGGCGAGUUCAGACCAACACGCUACCUCUCUCUCCCCGAUACCGUCGAACCAAACCCCCUUGUGGCCCCUUACACCAAACAAGCCCCAACCUGUCCAGGAGCUAUCUUCGAGGCUAUCCACCCUCACCAAUCAAGCAUCGAGCCAUUCUACGUCCCGACCAGCAAAGGCGUGCACGCAGACGCCCAGGAGACCAAAACCAGUAUUGACAAGCUCGCGGACUUUGACGCCCAGAACAACGUUUUUGUCAACAUUGCUCACGACACGAGCUUAUACGACGUCGUGGAGUUCUUCCCAAAGACGGCGAAUGGAUGGAGUCAGAAGCGGUGGAAGGAGGAAGGGACGUGGCGGUUCUUGAGAGACUUUGACACAGGGUCUGAGGAGCAUGAGUCAUAA